AAAAUAUUCCUAACUCAAACAAAUCAAUGUUCAUCUACUUUGUCUGCUCUUCUUGAAAAAUCAUCCAUCAACUUUAUUUCUCUAUUAUUAAUCUUUACACACUUACAUACAUAUAUUUAGUUGGUUUUGUUGUGUAUAAUGGCUUCAAGGAAGUUGAUUUGUGUGUUGUUAUUGGUUUUAUGUGUGUCUAAUUUGGUGAGUUGUAAGGAAACUCAUGAGGAAGUUGAGAAGCAGAAUAAAGAAAAUUCAGAGUCAUGGACAGGAUGGGCUAAAGAUAAGACUUCUGAAGGGCUAGGUUUUAAAUCUACUGAUGAUGAUUCAGCUGUUAAACAUGGUUCUGAUUCAACUACGGAUACUGCAACAAAGGCCAAAGACAAAAUCACUGACACGGCUUCAGGAACCGGACAAUAUGUAGCAGACAAGACAAGAGAUCUAAAGAACGCAGCCGAAGAAGCUAAGAACAACGCACACGAAACGGCGGAAGCAGCAAAACAAAAAACAGGGGAGGAAAAAGAAAAAUCCUAUUCAGAGAAAGCAAAAGAAGGAUAUGAAAGCGCGAAGAAUAAAGCAGGGGUGACAUUAGAGAAAGCUAAAGAGAAUAUAGCUUCAAAUUUGGAGAGUGUUAAGGAAACAGCUAAAGAGAAGACGGAGGAGAUUAAGGAUAAUAUAGCUGGGAAGAAACGAGAUGAGGAGCUGUAGAAAGUUUUGAGUUACGCAUGUUUGUUUGUAUUUUGCAAUAUCAUAGGUUUUAUAUGGUAACAAAAACCUGAUGUUUUGGUUUUUCUUAUUGAUGUCUGGCCAGGUGUUGUAAAAAUGUAUCACUAAUAGAUGAGUCAAUGUUGUAUUAAUGUGUGUUUACUAUAGUGCUCUCUUAUGAACUUGAUUUGUGUUUUACUAUA